AUGGAAGGAACUGUCUGUGGACGAGAAAAGGGUGAGGCGGACGUUCGACUGAUUCAAGUUGGGGCCGUGUCCGUCAGGUCUCUGCCCCCGCGUCCACGCACGCGAAAGCAUCACAGACCGUCUGUCGAUUCUGACGACGGUGCGUCAAACGCAGAGAGUCUCGGCUCUCGUCCGAGCUCCUCGCUGGAUGUAGAGGCGCAGAACUCCCCCGCAGCUGGUCGGGAACGGCCGUCCGUAGACACUCGACACGCCGCCGCCCAGCGGAGCGUGGAGAGGCCACGUGAAGAAACGGACCCAGCGGAACGCGCUUCUUUGCAGUCCUUCGGGACGACGCCCGCAGGCGGCGAUCUCGGCUUUGAGUACCUGGACCACACGGCGGAUGUGAUUAUUCAUGCGUGGGGAGUCUCGCUCUCUGCAGCCUUUGAGAACGCGGGGAAAGCGCUCUUCCACUACAUGACCGACACAGACCGUGUGGAGCCGCGCGAGCGCAGAACAGUGCAGGCUUCCGGUGGGGAUCUCGAGGACUUGCUUUUCCACUUUAUGGACGAAUUGCUCUUUCUGUACGGCAGUGAAUACUUUGUGGCGUGCAACAUCGACGUCACGCGCCUCGACGCCGCGAACGGCUGCCUCUCCUGUGAGGUCCGGGGCGAAGUGUUUGAUCGGAGCAAACACUCGCAAGGCACCGAAGUCAAAGCCAUCACCAUGCACGAAAUGAAAGUAUGGCAAAAGCGAGAGGCUGCCGCCGACGGGGAAGCCAACGGAGAAGAGCGAGAAGGCAGCGACUCCACGGACAACAACGAAGAAAAAACACGGGAAGACGGGAGAGCCGUGGAAGUCUUUGUUCUCGUGGACAUUUAA